ACAAUUGCCAAUUGGUAACUAAAUUGAAACGAAAAAGCUGGAUAUCAGUUUCACUACAUAACUUCUUUGGAGAGGAGACGGGUUCACGGAAUCAUGGGCUGCUAUAAAUUGUGAUUUGUGAACAUUUCCUUUUCAAUUUUUUUCUCUCUCUCUACUUCCCCCGCCAUUUUCCCCAAUCGUCUACUUCCCCCCAAACCCCCAUUUCCUCUAUCUUUCCACAAAUUCCCAAACCCUAGAAAUCAUGCCAGCACUAACAUCACCUGGAAAAAUCCACCGAUUAGAGCUCGAGAACUUCAAAUCUUAUAAAGGUCAUCAAAUUAUUGGACCUUUCUACGAUUUCACUGCCAUAAUUGGCCCUAAUGGUGCUGGAAAGUCUAAUCUCAUGGACGCCAUAAGUUUCGUUCUCGGUGUUCGCACUGGUCAUCUUCGAGGCGCUCAACUUAAAGACCUCAUUUACGCCUUCACUGAUAGUGAACGCGACAACAGAGGUCGCCGUGCUUAUGUUAUGCUCGUUUAUUCACUAUCUUCUGGUGGUGAAAUUCAUUUUACUCGUACGAUUACUAGUGCUGGUGGUAGUGAGUAUCGUAUUGAUGGUAGGGUGGUUAAUUGGGAUCAGUAUAAUGAGAAGUUGCGGGAACUUGGAAUUCUUGUUAAAGCUCGGAAUUUCCUUGUUUUCCAGGGAGAUGUAGAGUCAAUUGCAUCUAAGAAUCCCAAAGAACUCACUGGACUUUUGGAGCAGAUUUCUGGCUCCGAGGAACACAAGAAGGACUAUGAGGAGUUGGAAGAGCAGAAAGCAAGGGCCGAGGAAAAAUCAGCUCUUGUAUAUCAACGAAAGAAAACAAUAGUUGGGGAGAGGAAACAGAAGAAGGAACAAAAAGAAGAAGCAGAGAGACACAUUCGCUUGCAGGAAAAAUUGAAACAACUGAAGAAAGAACACUUCCUUUGGCAAAUCUACAACAUAGAAAAGGAUAUCAACAAAAUAAUUGAAGAAAUUGAAGCCGAGAAGGAAAGCCGACAAGAGCUUGUUCAGGAACAGAAUGGUUAUGAGCAUGAAAAGCGUGAAAAGGAGAAAGAGAUGGCCAGAUACCACAAAGAGAUAAAUAAACUUGAAAGAAAGAUUGCAGAGAAGACUAAUAAAUGCGACAAGAAUCAACCUGAACUCUUGAAGUUGAAGGAGCAAAUGACCCGCAUUAAGUCAAAAUUGAAGAGUACUCAGAAAGAGUUUGACAAAAAGAGAGAAGAAAAAAAGAAGCAUGCUGUGAAAGUAGAAAAGCUCAAAAAAGACUUGAUGGUUGCUACUCAAAAGUUGAAAGAGGUGGAAGAAAAUGGACCUGAUGUUGGGGGGAAAAUUCAGUUGUCCGAAAGUCAGUUGCAAGAGUACUACCGGGUCAAGGAGGAAGCAGGGAGGAAAACUGUGAAAUUGAAAGAUGAAAAAGAAGUUCUGGAUAGGCAACAGAGGGCAGAUGUUGAGGUUCAAAAGAACUUGGAAGAGAAUCUUCAGCAGUUGAAAAGCAGGUAUGAGGAACUGAAUGCACAAGAAGAUGAAAUGAAAGAAAGAUUGAAAAAAGAUCAAAAGGCUUCAAGGGAACACGAGAAAGAGAUGGAACGCUUGAAGAGAGAACGUGAGGAGAUGCGCAACAGAAGUCAAGAUUCAAGGAGAAAAUAUGAUAAUUUGAAACUAAAAAUAAGUGAGUUAGAGAAUCAGUUGCGUGAAUUGAAGGCUGACAGACAUGAGAAUGAGAGAGAUAUUAGGCUGUCCCAAACUGUUGAUACCCUGAAGCGCCUUUUUUCUGGUGUUCAUGGUCGAAUGACGGAACUAUGUCGUCCAACACAAAAGAAAUAUAAUUUGGCUGUUACUGUUGCUAUGGGGAAGUUCAUGGACGCUGUUGUAGUGCAGGAUGAACAUACCGGAAAGGAAUGCAUCAAGUAUUUGAAAGAGCAAAGGCUUCCUCCCCAGACUUUUAUACCUCUUCAAUCAGUCCGUGUGAAGCCGAUUACUGAGAGGCUGCGAACAUUAGGUGGUACCGCAAAGUUGGUCUAUGAUGUGAUACAGUUUGAUCCAGCCUUGGAGAAGGCGGUUCUAUUUUCUGUAGGGAAUACAUUAGUUUGUGACAAUCUUGACGAAGCCAAGCGUCUGAGCUGGACUGGGGAAAGGUUUAAAGUUGUAACUACGGAUGGAAUUCUCCUUACCAAAGCUGGUACCAUGACUGGAGGCACAACUGGUGGAAUGGAGGCAAGGUCGAACAAAUGGGACGAUAAGAAAAUUGAAGGGCUGAAGAAAAGAAAAGAAGAAUAUGAAUCUGAGCUGGAGGCUACUGAAUCUCCCCGGGAGAUGCAUUUGAAAGAGACAGAGAUCUCUGUAAAAAUUAGUGGCUUGGAAAAGAAGAUGAAGUAUGCUGAAAUUGAAGAGAAAAGUAUCCGGGACAAGCUUAAGAAAUUGAAGAAUGAGAAGGAGAACAUUAAAGAAGAGAUUCGUAGGAUUGAGCCUGAUCUUGCAAAUUUGAAUGCUAAUAUCAACAAGAGGGAUGGAGAAAUCAAGAAAUUGGAGACCAGGAUUAAUGAAAUUGUGGACCUCAUCUACAAAGAUUUCAGUAAAGCGGUCGGUGUAGACAUUCGGGAAUAUGAGGAAACACAACUCACAGCUGAUGCCAAGACAUUUGAGAAAAAAGUUGCACUGCGUAACCAAAUAUCAAAGCUGAAGUACCAGAUGGAGUAUGAACAGAACCAAGAUUUGGAUUCACAAAUUGCUCAGAUUCAAUCCUCUCUCCGCGCCUUAGAAGAUGAUCUCAAAAAUUGUCAGGAGAAGGAGGUUGAAGCCAAGUUAGAAAUGGAGAGCAUUACUGCUGAGAUUAAUCAAAUGAAGGAUGAACUACAAGAGUGGAAAUCGAAGCUCGAAGUAUGUGAACGUGGCAAACAGGAGAUAGUGAAGAAGAUCUCCGCUGGUAUGGCAAAUUUAGAUAAAUUGAACCGCCAAAUCAACGUGAAGAAAACACAAAUUGAUAAUCUCUUAUCAAGGAAGCAGGAUAUAUUAGAGAAGUGUGAAUUUGAGCAAAUAAGCCUCCCUAUAGCUUCAAGCCCAAUGGAAACUGAUUCCAGCCAAGGCCCCAUUUUCGAUUUCAGUGAGCUGGACCGAACACUGCAAAAGGAUAUGAGGCCAUCUGAAAGGGAAAAGCUGGAGGUUGAUUUCAAAUAUAAGAUGGAUGCACUCAUAUCAGAUAUUGAAAAAACAGCCCCUAAUCUCAAAGCUCUAGAUCAGUAUGAGGCUCUAAAACAAAAGGAAGAUCUCGUAAGUAAAGAGUUUGAUGCUGCCAGCAAAGAGGAGAAAGAAAUAGCUGACAGAUUCAAUGCAGUUAGGGACAUGAGAUACAGAAAGUUUAUGGAUGCUUUCAAUCAUAUCUCCAAUAAUAUUGACAAGAUAUACAAACAACUAACUCGGAGCCAGACACACCCACUUGGCGGUACAGCAUAUCUGAAUCUAGAAAAUGAGGAUGACCCAUUCUUACAUGGCAUCAAGUACACAGCUAUGCCUCCAACAAAACGAUUUCGUGAUAUGGAACAACUCUCCGGUGGUGAAAAGACUGUUGCUGCUUUGGCAUUGCUCUUUUCUAUACACAGCUUUAAGCCAUCACCGUUCUUCAUUUUGGAUGAAGUUGAUGCUGCUUUAGAUAAUUUAAAUGUUGCCAAGGUAGCUGGGUUCAUCCGAUCAAAAUCUUGUGGAGGUGCUCGACUAAAUCAGGAUGACGAUGGAGGUUGUGGUUUCCAAAGUAUUGUGAUAUCACUCAAGGAUAGUUUCUAUGACAAGGCUGAAGCUUUGGUGGGAGUUUACAGGGAUUCUGAUCAAAGUUGUUCUAGCACGAUGACAUUCGACUUGACAAAAUAUCGAGAAUCUUGAGAAUUCAAGGGGCUCUGCACAUAGCUUUCAUGGUAACUGGUCACUGUUAGUCUUUGCUGAAGGAUGGGUGUAAAUAACAUUAUCAUUCAGCCCUCUAGCGUGUGUCUGUUUAUCGUAGGUGUUUUAACCGCCUGGUCUUCGUGCCAACCAAAAUCCUGUAUGUAGUGCACGUACUAAGCUACUAACAAUUGCUCUUUCAUCUAUUUCACUUUUCGGAUUUCGGGAGGUUGAAGCUUUCAUACAAGUAUGUACUAUGUAGAGCUGUAAAGUAAUGGAAUGGAUCAUUUAUUAUGGAA